AUGCCUCGGCGAGCCCCUCCCGCGCGGUGUGCGCGCCUGGGCCGGGCGGGGGGGCGGGGACAAGGGCGGGGACGGGGUGCACCGGGGCCGGCCCACGAGGCAAUAGCCCCACCACUCGGUGGCAGGCCCCGCCCCGGAACCGGCGCCUGCGCGGUAGGCCGUGGCGCCCGGGGCAGGCCGGGAACCCGGAAGCGCCCUGCGGGAGAAGCGCUGGAGCCGCUGCGUGACGUGCACCUGGGCCUGGCUGCGCCGCCUGGGCGCCAGGCCCUGCUCACUGGCCACUACCUCUACUUCCACUACGGCUGCGAUGGCCUGGACGACCGCGGCUGGGGCUGCGGCUACCGCACACUGCAGACGCUGUGUUCGUGGCCUGAGGGCCGCGCAGCGGGCGUGCCCGCACCGGAUGCGGUGCAGGCGGCUCUGGAGGCCAUGGGCGACAAGCCGCGAGGUUUCCGCGGCUCCAGGGGCUGGAUCGGCUGCGUGGAGGCCAGCCUCUGCCUCGAGCACUUUGGGGGGCCGCGCGCGCGCCUGUGCCACGUGCUCCCAGGAGGGAUGCGCGCGCAGCUGGAGCCGCUGUUCACGCACUUCGAGGGCGGCGGGGGGCCUGUGAUGGCAGGCGGUGGCACGGACGGUGCGGCCAAGGCGCUGCUGGGCGUGAGCCUGGGGCCCGGCUCCUGUGCCCACGUGCUGCUGCUGGACCCGCACUGCUGGGGCGCCCCGAGAAGCCCCCGCGAGCUGCAGGACGCCGGCUGGGUGGGCUGGCGGGAUGUGAGCUUGGCCUUCGACCCCGACUCCUUCUACAACCUGUGCCUGACCAGCCGCCCAGACCCCGGGCCCCACCCCCCGCUGCAGGCCCGCAACUUGGCGCAAUAAAGUGGAUGCAGCCCCCUCGGGGCCUCACGAGG